AUCAACACAAAUCACAAAAAGAGGUUAUGUUUUUUACUCAAAUUUCGAACUAAAUUCGUGUACAAGUUUUAAAUGUAGGUGUUUGUGUUUUGUUAGAAAUUUUCCAAUAGCCAGUCAAAAUGAGCAAAGACAAGACCUUUCAAGAGAAAUUAAAAAGCAUGUUUAGAACUAAGAAAGACCCAAUAGUCAACGUACAACCAAAUCGAGAAUUCAUCCUAACCAACGAAAUUCUCCACGACUUGGGUAAAGAUUCUUCCACAAACACCCGAGUCAAAACUAUGAAAGAACUGACAGCCCACUUGUCGCGCCUCGAGACGAACGGCGUCGAGAAACUGUGGAGCUGCAUCCAAGACAUGUUUCUCCGGGAGUACCCCAACGACGUCCGCCACGCCACUUUCACGUUCCUGCAGACUAUAAUUAAAAGCCAGUUUGAUCGAAUCUACGUAAUGAGGGCCCAGUUUUUUCGCUUUAUUAAGCACCACGAUAACCCGCAAGACAUCGCUCCGAGGGUUGAUCUUCUCGCCGCGCUCACCAACGACGGCAAAGAAGUCGAACACUUUGAAGAGGAAAUCGGACCUUUUCUUUUAAACUGGUUUUCAGAUGUCAGUCGCGUGGGCAAACUGAACGAGUUUCUCAAAAUUCUCGAUAACGUGAUCAAGUUUAACUCGCCGCACUUAGAUGAAUAUACUAUGACUGGAUAUGUUAAGCAUGUUUGUGUCUUAUGUUGUAAUACUAAUCAGUUUCCUAUUGUUAUUCUGUGUCUACAGAUAUUAGGCACUGUGGUAGCUUACAGUAUUUUGCCUCCAGAGUCGCUAUCACAGUUUGUGGGUACUUUGUGCCGGACGGUUAAUAUUAAGUGUUAUUGUUCGGCUAGUUGGAAGACUAUGAAGAACUUGCUUGGGACGCACUUAGGGCAUUCAACUUUGUAUACAAUGUGUCGCUUUUUGCAAGAACCGAAUUUAAAAAAAGACGCCGGGUUAUUGCGGGGGUGUGUCUUUUACAUACACAUGGCGUUGUGGGAUAUUAAUUCAAUGCAGAAUUUGUGUUGUCCCCCGAGUUCGGUUCUACCGUCAGUUUUACAGGCGGUUAAAGCUAAUCACCCCUCUGUCGCUCUAGAAGUAAUCAUAGGCAUCCAAAAACUUAUAAAUAAACAAGGCUUGGAGUUAUUGGAACCCACGUGGGAUAUAGUUCUGGAAAUUAUCCUCCACGUUAUAAAACAAAUCGAACUAGCCCCUAACGAAGUCCCUAAUAAUUUAACUAUUAUUACUCUACACGAAAUUCUAAACACUAUCGAAAAUUUGAUUGAAGUCGGGAAUUACAAGGGUUCCAUGAAUCAGUUUUUUGCAGUUAUACACGAGUGUUCCCGAGAUCGACCUGAAACUAGUGUUUUGAAGUUGAUUAAAUUUCAGUCUAAGAGUAUUAGACCUACAGAAAGUGCCUGGUUACAAAAUUUGUAUAAUUUGUUAGCUAAUUAUUUCAAACCUGAUUUGAGAACUAAUGUUAGACUGAAGGUUCUGAGUGUGUUGGAGGACACCAUACAGCUAUACGGAAAAGUUUGGCAAUAUGAAGACGAACUGAUUAAUCAUAUUGUCAUCCCCCACAUGCAGAACAUAGCCACUGACGACAAUAUUGUAGUUAGAUCCGAAGUGGCCAAACUUUUGGUAGAUUUAUGUAAAGAUUACAACAGCAACAUUUGCGUCGAAUUGCUAGAAAUUCUCGAGAAGCUCCUCCUUCGCCCAAUGGAAAAAGAGGCCGUGCCGACCCACUCCACCGAGGCCGACUUCCUCGACAUCAGCGUCUUAGUGCCCGGCCUAAUCCAAGUUUUCGGCCGAAAAAUCCACAAACUGCCAUCCAGCCACGCCACCAUCAUCUUCAAAAUCCUCGUCGACUUCCUCGAGAAAAACGUGCACAAACCCGUCAAAGACCUGAAGCCCGCUAGAAUCAUGAUAUUCGAAUGCUUGCUAAGCCUGCGCGCUGACUCAAACUGCCGCAUCGGCUUACCCGACCCAGAAACCAAACAGCUUAAGUUCAGCCCCUACUUAUGCGCCAGCUAUAAACCUGUGGAACCCAUCGUGACGUCGCCGCCCGCCACGUCGCCGCCGCUGACGCCCGUCUGCAAAAUCGUCCAUUUGCCGAUGGAGCUGGCCUUCCAGGUGAUUUUGACCCACUUGGAGAUAGAAAAGGAUUGGGAAAUCGUGAAGUCGAUUCUUGAGAAACUACCAGAGAUGUUGUGCAAUAAAGCCAUCAUGUUGACGAAAACCGGAAACCCGCAGAUCAACCAGCUUGUUAAAGUCCUGUGCUCUAUGCUACAAAAUAAAGCGUUGAAUUUAGUCGAGGGGGUAAACCCCAAAGAAAAACGUUUAGAAUUUCAAACUACCGUUGUCAAUGUUUUGCUUGCUUUGUCGUGCUAUGGUAGCAACUUAGAUCCACCUCACCAACAACUUCUGAUAAACACACUGACUAGAAGUACAGCCAUAGACCCUCGAUGUUCACGACAGUCUAUUAAUUCUCUAACUAUAUGUAUGGUAGACAUGAGGGAAACCAUGAUGAAGUUGUUACCAGAAGUUCUAUUGCGUCUGUCAAAAAUAUCAGCCACGAUUUAUAUCGCAAUGCCAAUUUUGGAAUUCUUGUCAGCUUUGUCGCAGUUACCAACCGUUUUUGCCAAUUUCGUUGGUGACCAGUAUAUGGCGGUUUUCGCUAUAGCACUACCGUAUACUAACCCUUUCAAAUACGACAACUAUAUUGUUUCACUGGCCUAUCACGUGAUCUCGGUUUGGUUCUUGAAGUGUAGACUACCUUUCAGGAAGGACUUCGUUAAAUUCAUCGUGAGCGGUCUGCAAACCAACGUCAUGGUCCCCUUCCAAGAACUCAACCAGUUCAAACUGUGCCUAACCUCCAUGAACCAAGACAGUUCCGACCGCAAACGCAGCUCGAGCUUAACCGAGCAAGGCUCCCGCCGCCGCACCAAGCCCGAAACCAGCAGCAAGAGCUCCUUCAUCCAAAAAACCCCACGCGAUAAGACCGUGUUGACCUUCUACGAAGAACUGAACGAGACCUGCAUCGACCUGAUGGCGCGCUACACCUACUCGCCAUGCAGCGCCCUCCCGAAACGACUACCCACAGCCGAGUUCCUCCUAAAUGGUGGAAUCACCAAGUCGUGGAUGGUGGGAAACAAACUGAUCACGAUCACGACCAGCGGCUGCACCGAAAAGGUGUUGAAGCAUGGGGUUUGCGACAAGUGCUGGUCGCUGUGUAGUUCGCACAACAACAGCAAGAUAGCGCGGUACGCGAGAAGCAACAGUGGGAACGAGGAGAAAGAGUCGUUUUUGGCGCGGCAGAGCUCGACGGAUAAGGGGGAAGAGGUGAAGAAGUACGACGCGGCGUCGUUGGCUAAAAUGAUCGGGGAGGAGAAGAAGGAGCCGCCGAUUUGUGCGUGUUGGUGUCAGGGGUGGGCUGAGGUGCUCAUCAGAAGACCAACUGGUAACGUCUCCUGGGUUAUGAAAGUCCAAAACCAAGUCUCCUUCAAACAGCACAUCUACGAGUUCCCCCUCAACGAAAUGUCCACUCUAUACAUGCCCGACUUAUACUUCGAACCCAGUUCUGCCAUUUCCAUCGAGGAACAAGAAGAAACCGAAGAUGUGGAAGAAGCGGCGUGUUCUUCCAGCAGCCGCCCGGUCAGCGUCCCAGGCUCACCCACCAAACAGUCUCUAUCUAGGCAGAGUUCACAAGACAGUGCUGAUGAUCAAGGCGAAAUCAUUUAUGACGAUGGUACCCGAGCCCGGAACCAAGUGCGACGGUCGAACUCGAGCCCAGAAAUGGCCAACUGGAAGAACCCGUUCGUCCACCAGAAACAGGAACGCGAGAACGACGUGGAGAACCACGACGAGGAGAGCACCAAGAAGAAUAAGAAGGACGUGAGGGUCAGUUGCGAGGCGAUUCCCGAGGAGAUAGCGGGGAUGGGAACUAGUCCACCAACUGGCCAAGAAGCGCCUAAGCCCCCAGCUGAGCAACCCCCACCUCAACCCCAACACCCCUCCCUUCUCACCUGUUACAGUUACCCGGGUUCGUCGCCCCCUGGUGAGAGCAACAUCGCCCCGAAACCCUACAAAACAGUACCUGCGUCACCAAAUCAAAUCACUUCCCAAACCCAGCCCACUUUUCUACCCAAAAACGACCCUCUAGACAAUAAUGUCCUAGAUCGCCCCAACAAUCUACCCAGUCUGUCAAACCUGACACCGCUGUCAAGCAAACCGCCGCAAAGCCCGACACAAACGUCCCCCAGGCUUCAGAGACACUUCGACAAAGAUGUCUUUACAGGCUCCCCUAACAUCCAGAAGAGUUCGUCGUCGUCGAAGCUCGAGAAGAACCGCGCAAAGAGUGGAGGGGAGCCGACGCUAGCCGAGAAAAGAGAUCGCCUGCAUACGAUUUCGGUGAUGAGUACCUCAACCCGGAAGCCCACCCCUCCCAAAAAAGUACCAAAGGAAAUUUUGAAGAGCGGUCUAAACCCGAGUUUUGUUUUUCUCCAAUUGUACCACACCGCUUGCUUUGGGAGUACUGCUGAAGUGCCAUUGUAUGUUCCUCCGACUACCGUUAUCGACCGAGCGAUUAAUAUUCUGGAUAGAAUGUACCCCUACGAGGUUCACAAGAUCGGGGUACUGUACAUCAAUGAAGGCCAAGUUGAUAAAGAGUCCGACAUUUUGAGAAACACGUCGGGUUGUAUCAGGUAUAUGGAGUUUCUUCAGAAUUUGGGUACUUUGUUGAAACUAGCUGAUGUCAACCCGCGGGAUAUAUAUCUAGGGGGCGUGGAUCAGGGCGGCGCUGACGGGAAGUAUAUGUACACCCACCAAGACGAUUUGGUCCAAUUGGCGUUCCACGUCGCCACACUAAUGCCCAAUAGGGAGAGCGAUCCGUAUGGUAACUACAAAAAGGCUCACGUUGGUAACGACAACGUGGUCAUCAUUUACAACAACAGCGGCCAAGAAUUCGACGUUAACACCUUCAGGAGCCAAGUCACUCUGGCUUACAUCAUAGUGGAGCCCCUGGAUUACGGCUGCAAUAAAGUCGAAGUUAAAGUAAAGUCGGACUUGUUGAAGAUCAUUGGCUCAAACGAAGUCAUAAGUGUGUCUGAUCAAAGCGUUUCGAUUCUAGUGAGACAAUUGGCCAUUCAUGCUGACUUGGCAGCUACUGUACUCAACUCAUUGAGGAGUCACGCGACUGACCCGUACGCCUCCAAUUGGCUAGAAAGACUGAGGAAAUUGAAAAAUUUGAGGGAAAAAGUUAUACAAGAGCUUAAGAAGGUGAAAGAGUCCGGAAACCAGAAAGGACCCAGCGAGGAGAAAAACACGGUAGAAGACUUUACUGAUUUUACGUGAAGAUAUUCAUUUUUGAUAAUUAUUGUAGUUGUCUUUUUUGUUGAUCAAUAUUUGCAUUUUCUUAUGUAUUAUUACUCCAUUAUAUUACUUGUGGUGCA